AUCAUUCCUCGCCGAUCAUGACAAUGGCUUUCAUUUCGUCAUGCAAGCUUUGCGAGUUUGUGUUUUGCAGACGUAAGAUCGCGGGCUGCCAAGUAUAUUAUUUGCGGUUACGUACAGUACCUUUCUUCUUGUCUGAUUCCGCCGACAGUUUAAUAACUCUCAAGGAAUUAUACCUCCGAUAUAACAAAAUGGUUAGCUAGGAAGUGCACGCAUCACCGAAGAGAAACAUGGCGUUGUUUUCCAGAGCCAUCGCUCAGGCGUGCUGCCGGACGCCGUGCAGGAGCGUCCAUCCAUGGACGAGGGCACCGCUGCGCCUGUUCCAGAGACAGGCAAGGCAACCGGGCACAGAGCAGCCUCGCGCCCACCUGGUUCAGCCUCAGCAAAGGGGCACGGGCUCGCGCACGCUGACAAAGUCCCUCCUCUUCGCUCUCGGGUGCAGCGGGGCCUCGUUCGUCGGUGCCAGCAUCUGGCAGUAUGAGAACAUGCGCCACGAGGCCAAGGUGUACCUGGAGAACCGCCGGGUGCGCCCCUUUGCCAGGGACUACAAAUACGGUGCCUUCAGGCAGCAGCUGAACCAGUGGUACAACGGCCUGAGCGAGGGCACCAAGGUGGCCUAUGCCAUCAUUGGUGUGAAUGCGGCCGUCUUUCUGAUGUGGCGGGUGCCCAGACUGCAGCCGACCAUGGUGCGCUACUUCAGCUCCAACCCUGCCUCCAGAUCCGUGUGUCUUCCAAUGUUGCUGUCGACGUUCAGCCACUCUUCCCUGGUGCACCUGUGUGCCAACAUGCUGGUGCUGACCAGCUUUGCACCAGCGGCUGUGGCACUCUGGGGCAAGGAACAGUUUGUGGCUAUGUACCUGAGUGCUGGUGUGUUGUCCUCCUUUGCCAGUUAUCUUCACAAGGUGGCAACAAAGCGGCCAGCGAUGUCCUUGGGAGCGUCUGGAGCCAUCCUGGCCGUGAUUGCAGCCAUGUGCGUCCAGUAUCCAGAUGCCCAGCUGGCCAUCAUCUUCCUGCCUUUCUUCACCUUCUCCGCCGGAAUGGCUUUGAAAGCGAUUGUGACCAUGGACGUGGCAGGCAUCCUCCUCAAGUGGCAGCUCCUGGAUCACGCGGCACAUUUGGGUGGCUCCAUCUUUGGCAUAGUCUACAUUCUUUAUGGGCAAGAGGUAUGGAAGAGGAGAGAGGUGGUGAUGAAGACCUGGCAUGACAUCUCUUUCUACAUCAGGGGUAACUGAACCAGACAUAGCUGCCCACUGCCUUGGCUAGUGGUAGUUUUCUCUACCUGUUUGCACACUUGGACUAUUUUAGUAAAGACAGCAGCGAUGAAAAACAAAA